CCACAUAUGUUCUCACACAUUGAAUUCAAUUGAAUUGUACAGAUAAGAUAAACGUGCACUACGUUGUGUUCUAAAAAUUUCAUACAGUAGGGGAAGUGCUAUCGCAUUUAUAGAACCUCAAGUUUCAAGAUUAUUCAGUCAAACAGCAAGCCAGCAAAGUAGCAAUCAUGACUGAAACUGUGGAACAAAUUUUAGAGCAAUAUAUACCACAGAAUAAAUUAGCUGAAGUAAAACGUAUUUUAUAUGGACAUUCAUCUAUUCCAUUAGGUAUAGAAUAUGAAGAUAAAAAUUUUGAAGUAAAAGGAUGGCAGAUACUUAGUCGAAUCCAUGAAGAACUUCGUCCCCCACGCUUAGUUCGCGUUGGACUGAUUCAACAUAGCAUAGUAGCACCAACAACGGAUUCUAUUCAAAAUCAACGAAAUGCAAUAUAUAAUAAAAUUAAAUCGUACAUUGUACAAGCAGCUCAAUAUAACGUUAACAUUUUAUGUCUCCAAGAAGCAUGGCCUAUGCCGUUCGCUUUUUGCACGAGGGAAAAGUAUCCGUGGUGCGAGUUUGCGGAGGAUGCUGAAACGGGACCUACAACUGUAUUUUUGUCUGAGCUCGCUAAGGAAUACAACAUGGUAAUAAUAUCGCCAAUUUUGGAAAGAGAUUCUGCUGACGGUGAUAUUAUUUGGAACACCUGUGUGGUGAUCAAUACGGAUGGUACAGUCCUUGGGAAACAUAGAAAGAAUCAUAUUCCUCGUAUUGGGGAUUUUAACGAAUCCACUUACUAUAUGGAGGGUAACACAGGGCAUCCAGUAUUUGACACUCCCUUUGCACGCAUCGCGAUUAAUAUAUGUUAUGGACGUCAUCAUCCAUUGAACUGGUUGAUGUUUGGCUUGAAUGGGGCGGAGAUCGUUUUUAAUCCAUCUGCAACUGUUCAAGGAUUAUCGGAACAUUUAUGGCCAAUCGAAGCGAGAUGCGCCGCGAUUGCAAAUAAUUAUUACACUUGCGCUAUCAAUCGCGUAGGAACUGAGCAUUUCGCAAAUGAAUUUACUUCUGGUGAUGGAAAACCAGCGCACAACGAUUUUGGAUUUUUUUAUGGCUCUAGUUAUAUUACUGCCCCCGACGGUCGGCGAACUCCAAGUCUAAAUCGACACAAAGAUGGACUUCUCGUUGGAGAAUUGGAUCUCAAUAUGUGUCGACAUGUGAAAGAUAUUUGGGGAUUUAGGAUGACACAACGACUCGACAUGUAUGCUAAAGAACUUGCUGAAUAUGUUUCAAAGCGGAAUGGUAAAUAAGAUUAAA